AUUCGAGAGAACAUCGAUUGAUACAAUCCUCCACUGAAAACAACAAUUUACUGCCGCAAACAUGACGAGUACGACGCAAGCCCCUGGCAGAUUUGCUGAAUAUUUUGUUGUCUGUGGCCUAGACAUAUCAUCAGGACUUGAACCCGAUCAGCUCUCCGGCGACCAUUUGCAAUAUCAACCGUUACAAAGAUCAUAUAAAUCUAAAGUGCUUGCACACUUCCCAGAAAGCAAUGAGUGGUCACCGUUUAACAAAGAUGCGGUUGGCAUGCUUUGUUUGCCAAAAGGAUUGUCAUUUAGAACACAAAAGGACAGCAGGGAACCAGUAUUCCAUUCUUUUAUCAUCACCCGAGAAGACGGUUCAAGAACGUAUGGUGCUGCGGUAACGUUUUACGAGGAGGUAAAAAACAAACAGAUAUGUUUGGCGAUGCAAUCCCUGCACGCCAUGCACCAAGCAGAGUUAUGUAACAAUCCAACAAAGACCAUAACAAUGACGCGGAUAACCGAAACAGAUUACUGGGACAACCCACAAGCUAAUCUACGACCGGGACAUACAAAGCUCAGUGAUUACAAUUUGAAUAACGAUGUGUUAUACGCAUCAAAGUGCAUCUGUGUGAUCAUGCAACAGCCGUUUAUCCAACCAGCUCGGAAAUUCCUUCUUCAAAUAUACGAAGCUGUUGCAUCAAAUGAGAACCCUCCUUUACCAUUGGAGAGUUACAUCUAUAAUAUCUUGUAUGAAGUGCCGGUACCCCCUGUGGGAAGAAGUAUGAAAUUUACAAGUGUUAAACUGCCUAUUGUUUGUCAGCGACCGGGGUCAUCUGAAUUACCACUGUGCGAUUAUUCAUUCAGGGAAUUAUUUUCGUUAUUAAGUGUGCAUAAUGUUGUGCAGUUAUUUACAUGUGCGUUGUUAGAGAACCAGAUAUUAUUACUUUGUACAGAUUACCAAAGACUGAUGUUAGUAGCUGAGUGCCUGAGUGUUUUACUGUUCCCAUUUACAUGGCAGCAUGUGUACGUACCAAUAUUACCAGCAUCAAUGUUACAUUUCCUGGAUGCUCCAGUGCCAUUCAUUAUGGGCUUGCAUUCCUCUGGUAAAGAAGACAGGUCACAGCUUUGUCUACCAAAUGAGGCAUCGCUAUGUUUUGUUGACGUUGAUAACCAUGUUGUAGAAACACCAGAAGAUUUGCCUGAAUUUCCGUAUAAAUCCGAAUUCAUACUGGAAAUAUCUCAAGUAUUGGAUCGUUUCAACAUAUCCACUGAUAGUGAUAAGGAUUUAGGUUUCCAUGAACCGGAAUCUAACUCCAACUCCAUACAGGGUUCGUCAUAUGAUCUUUACGGACUGCAGAAUAACUUGAAUGCCAUCAAUGCGGCUAUGCAACAGGAUGAAAGCUUUGACACGGAAAGUCCAAGUUCGGGGUCAGAAGUUUCCAGCCGACGUGACUCGCAGACGUCGUUAACGAUCCCAAGUAAAAGCGAAUUUUUGCGGACAAAUGAAUUUGUAUCAAAAGUUGCUGCAAUUGCCAAACGAACUGGUGUCAUUAAGUCUAUAUCUGAUUUUGACGAUGUUGCAAAGAAGACGGAAGCUGAAAAAGAGACAAAGUUUAACAAAGGAGACGUUGAUGAACUGACCUUUAACAGUGCUAUACGUGAGAUGUUCUGUUAUCGGUUUGUUCAAAUGUUUCGUAAUUAUGAAUCGUUUGUUAUCCAACCGAAUCAAGAUAUGGAUGCUUGGCUUAAUGCCAGAGAACAGAUGCAGAAUUUUGAUAAAGCGGCCUUUUUAUCAGACCAGCCAGAUGCUGCCAUCCCGUUCUUAUCAGCAUUUAUCGAAACCCAGAUGUUUACAACACAGAUUGACAACAAGAUUGUAGCAAACUGGGAAGAAAUGGAUCCCAAUCUCAAAAUAUUUGAAAGUAGGAUUGAUGGCUAUAAAACCAGAAAUACCGACCCAACUGGUAGUGUCAAGACGCCAAAUUAUGAACAUGCUACUCCAAGACAUAAAAGUAAAGCUCAGUGGAGACGAAAAGACAGACAACAUCAACAUGCUGAACAUCUGCAGUUGAAGCGAGACCAACGAGAGAAAUACAUUCAAGAAGCUCGUAUUAAGAGUGUUAGAACUCCUCAGCUUUUGGACAUGUCACCAGCAGUCAUGGCGCAGACAAACUGGAAAUUUGUGGAAGGUCUAUUGAAGGAAUGUAGGGUGAAGACAAAACGUAUGUUGGUUGAAAAGAUGGGUCAGGAAGCUGUGGAACUAGGACACGGUGAAGUGAAACUGACCGGAGUUGAGGAGAAUACUUUGAUUGCUAGUCUUUGUGAUUUAUUAGAACGUAUAUGGAGUCAUGGAUUGCAAACUAAACAGGGUAAAUCAGCAUUGUGGUCUCAUUUAUUAGCAUACCAAGAUAUGAGAGUUAGAAAAGACUCAUCACCGGAUCCAAACUUUUUAGUUCCAAUUGAAGCACAGUGGAAGCAAUAUUUGAGUCCAGAUUCCCCAUUGCUUGGUCAUAGACGUCGUGGCAGUGGUCUACCAGAUCCAGUAUUACCACCAGUGCCUACAGAUCUAACACACGACAUCAGAAAAAUCCAGUCAAUGAAGGAUGUAAAGACUGAUGUUGGAUAUGCCAGGGCAUGGAUCAGAUUGGCACUGGAAAGGAAAUUAUUAUCAAAACACCUUAAAGAGCUGCUAUCUGAUUAUGAACUUUGCAAGAGUCGAUAUAAGAGAUACGCUUUUCUGAGGUCAGACGAUGAAAAGGAGCAAUUUCUAUUUUACUUACUAUCGCUGAAUGCCGUAGAUUAUUUCUGUUUCACAAAUUCAUUUAACACAACAACAAUGACAUACAAGGUGCUAUUGUUUGUGAGUCGUAAAUUCAAUUCAGCGACAACUGCCAAUCCGUGGAUCAGUGUUGCAGGGGAACAUGGAGAUACUGGUAUCAUACAACUACCAAAGAAUGCAGUGGAGCUGACAUUUGAGCAUCGAAAUCUUGGAGUUCUGAGUACCGUUAGAAUUGGACAUGAUAACUCUGGUAUAUCACCAAAAUGGAUGAUUGAUUACAUCUUAGUUAGAAAUGAAUUGACUGGCCACACUUUUAAGUUUUCAUGUGGGAGAUGGCUUGGUAAAGGAGUGGAUGAUGGGAGUUUAGAAAGACUACUAGUUGGGGAGCUCAUUCCAACCAAUAUGGAUACGGAAGACAUUAUGACGUCAUGCAGGACACCACCAUGUCAAAGGUCGCCGGUGACAAUUAGAAAAAGUAUGGGGACGCCGCAGAAGACAACAAUCCCACAGAUACAGGAAAUGUUGACUGACGCUGUUAAUAAUAUUGUCAAGUAUUUUUAUAAACCAGAAAAAGAGAGAGGCAGCCUGACACUUUUACUGUGUGGAGAGAGAGGUCUUGUUCAGUGCCUAGAUCAAGUUUUCCAAUAUGGUUUUAAAUCAACAAGGUUAUUCAGAAAUAACUUUUUCAUCUGGGAUUUCAUUGAAAAAGUCAGCACAUACUUUGAGAGUGUUGACAAUGAUGAUGAAGGUAAAAGAGGUCCUCAAGAUGAAAGACAUGCAAGGAGAAUGUUUUGUCAUUUUGUGAAAAAGAUCAAUAACACAUCAAAUAAUAUCGGUAAAGAUGGAAAAUUUCAGCUGUUAAUGUGCCUUGGAGUCAGGGAUCAUCUACUAACUCUGUGGAUUCCCCAGAUUGCAUCCACUCCAGUCACUUACAGUAUGUAUGAAGACAACUCUUUACUCAAAGACAGGUCAUCUGUUGUGUUUCUAGUACAGAUUAUAGGCGCAUUGAGGGAAUUCAAUGUUACACUAGAAGCAUCUCUCAUCAAAGGUCUAGAUCUAUAAAAAGUAUCCAUGGUGAUACUAUCAUGUGAUGCUGAUUCACUAAUUAGAGACUUUGAAAUCAGUUAUUCAUGAUUUGUGUAAUGCUCAUUAACCAAUGGCGGUCAUGUGAUGUCAUUCCAGCAAUUGCAUCACAGGAAAUCAGUAAUACAUGAAUUAUGCGAUGAUCGAUGAUGAAAAUGAGUAAAAAUGUGGGGACUUGUGACGAGUUGAAGCAUGCCAAGAAUGCACUUUGAAAUUAAUAGUAAUCACUGCAAGACAUUGAUAUGAGUGUUCUUUAUCGUGAUCAAGUUGUUCAAGAGAAAGAUAAAGUUUUGUUUUUGUAGUCAG